CAGUUCCUCGUUAACCACCACAGGGUAAAUAUUGGUACAUUAUACCACUACUAAAGACUGAGUCAGAUCACCAACGAAACCAUUUCCUUUCAUCAACUACAGAUUUAUUAUUUGAUUUGAAUCAUAGCUGGUAGAGACCUCAAUCAGAGUGAAACUAUGCUCAAUUUGGUGAUAUGAAUCAAUGCACUCUAAAUAGGGCAGUUUUAACUGAAGGAGAACAUAAAUAAACAGUAUGAUCAAUAAGUGUGUCCAGUAUAAUAGAUGUGAUCACUGAGCCGGAUCAAAUGGAACAAUUCAAAUAAAAGAUCAGUCCGGCUGGGUUUUUCUCUAUCCGCAGUCACUAUUUGUACGCGUGAAGUCGAUAACAUUGGUGGUAUUUAUCCGAAGCCUAUUCAUAAGGUUUCCAACAAACACGGAUGUGUGAUCAACUCGAUUUACAUUUCAACUAUCAAAAACUGGUAUUGCUUUCAGCUCUUCUAGAUUUCAUUUGUACUAAACACCAUCUGAUGUCUUACCGUACUGUUUUGGACUCAGCGUAAUUCGAAAUCCUUUGAAACAUUUCCGGUCUUUGGAUGUUUUCUCUCCAUCAUGAAAGUGCCUAAACUUUUAUUAGCUGCAGUUAUUUCAACUGUACUAGGUGUAUGUUAUUGUGAUGAGCCGUACUAUGGAAAGCUGAUCGGUGAGUUCAGGCGACAGGGAAGCUCUCCAUCAAGCCAUCACGGUGUGACUGGUACGGUGUAUGCGGUAGAUCGAGAUACACUACAGAUUAUUAACUUCUCCUACGAUGGACUAGCUCCAGAUGCAUUCUUUUACAUUGGUACGUCCGGAACACCAUCAGCAAAUGGUUUUGAAAUACCCAAGGCGAACGGACACGCAACUGAAAAACUGGGUGUAUACAAUAAUGAGGACUUGACAAUUCAUCUCGAUACAUCAGUCGGACCUGAUAGUUUAUCGGAUUAUGUCUGGAUAUCAGUCUGGUGCAAACAAGCCGGGGCUAAUUUUGCUGAUGUUACAAUAGAAUCAGGAUUCAUUCCUCCUGCGGAAUACCCGUUAGGUGAACUGAGGGGUCAGGCUCAUGGAGUCGAUGCUGAUAAUGUCAUCAUUUUAAACUCAAAAGAGAUUAGAUUUGUUGGUCUCGACUAUGACGGAGGGGGACCUGAUGCUUACUUUUGGACGGACGUUGUAUCUCCUCCGACAGCCAACGGAAACAUGGAAACUCAAGUUGGUGAAAGCUCCCCAUCCAGGUUACCAAGAGAACGAUUGACAAGUGCAACUCGCACUGUACGGUUAGAGACUGAUGUUUUCUCCAUAAAAAAUAUCGGUUUGUGGUGCGUGGCAGCCAGGCAGAACUUUGGGCAUAUUAACAUCCCUGCCGGCCUUAAGGCCGAUGGGCUCAUCAUACCCGCACUCCCCGCUUCGGAUGUCAAGGCUUAUGAUAAUUGUGCUGUUCUUAAAGAGGACCAAUUUCAAGUGAGUUGGACCGUGGAUGGUGAUCAAAUCGAGAUUAGUUUGGUUAGUCGUCAAGGGAUUAAUGAAUACAUGGCCUUCGGUCCAAGUGGAUCUGACAGUAGGACUAUUAUGACUGGGUCCGAUGUCGCCGUAGCUUACAUCAACGAUGCCCAAAUGGGCGUGGUCGAUGAUUACUACCUUGAAGCUUAUGGAAUGUGUACAGCGGAUGGUGAUGGGGUGUGCCCUGAUACAGUGGCUGACGGGCAAACUCCCGGUACCAAUGACAUUACAUUUUUGGGAUAUUACCGAAGUGAAGGCAUCACACGGAUCAAUUACAGACGACCACUUCUGGCCGGUGAUGGCUUUGACAAAGACAUUCGUACAACAGGUUCACAGUAUAUCAGCUGGGCGUUAGGACCGAUCAAUAGUGACGGACGGGCAACCAAACACACCUCUAGAACACUGGGAGACAUGCAGAUUGAAUUUGGAAUGGCUAUGUCUACUUGCCCUCCGUUAACCAUCAACUCUGAAAGUGGGAACUUUGUACCUUUUGAAGUUGAGCCAAUCGAGGCCUUGAAGGGAACUGAAUUCACCUGCAAUAUAGGAUCAUCAGGAGGACCUCAAGGUUAUGAGGGAAUUACAAGUUCAGUCGGAUGGGGCAUUGCCUGGUAUAUCAACGGAAACCUCAUCCCAGAGAUUACCGUUAGACGAAACCAGACCUAUAGCUUCAAGGUUUAUGGAGGUUCGGACCCCGGUCUUUCAGCUUCAUACCACCCCUUCUAUAUAACCGACAGUCCAGCUGGGGGCUAUGAUCAGAUCUCGGAGACAGAGAAAGAGGAUCAUAUCAUAUAUGCUGGUCCAACGACCGGUUCGUAUUGCACCUAUGAUGAGACUGCUGCUACUGGUGAGUUAGACGGGAUAUUCUCUUACAAGACUUAUCGUGAUACUUUGGAAUACAUUUGUCCUGAUGAUGCUGUGGCUGGUAUUCUUGAAUGGACUCCUGAUGAUACUACACCUGAUGUUGUCUAUUACCAGUGUUACACUCAUCGCUACCUUGGAUGGAAGAUUAACGUCGUGGACGAUGCUAACAAAGUUGUUCUUUCUCUUAUCACCAUGGUUACUGCACUCAUCUUCUCCAUCUUGGUGAUGUCCAGGAACGAUUGAUAGAAAGAACAUGAGAGAACUAUGUCUCAUGCACAGUGUUACAAACCAGGUUCAUCCCAACAGAUGUUCCUUGAACAGAGAAGAUUUCAGAAAACACAAGGCUAAAAACUUUAUUGAACUCGGGGGUCAAAAUAAGAGAGAGACAUGGCAUGCAUAAUCACAAAAGAGUGAUAUUUCCUAUUCUGUCAGUAUGCAAAUCUCUAGAACAUGCCCACUUUUUCUUUUGUAUUUUGAGAUAUUGAGUAUUAAAUAAUUUUAAUCUUUGUCUACUGGUAUGGGUUUGGCCUCUUGAAAAUGUAAAAACGCCAUCAUUUUGACAUACUGUGGCUAAAUGGAGAGUUUCUUUCUUUAAAAAACUACAAAAAUAUUACAGUAUAAAAAGAAAUAGAUAUGUGACAUCAAAAAAUUACUCUAAUUUGCAGCUCCAUGUUGUACAUAUAGCUUAUUUUUAGUAUAAGUUUGGAUUCAUAUUUCUUUAUAAUUGAAAAUUAAAUUUUGUUAAUGAUUUCGGUUAAGUUCUAACUUCUUAUGCUGUAUUUUAUUCAAAUUAACCUAUAUCGUUGGGGUGCGCUUGACCUUUAAUAGCAAUUUUAUUCUUUUGAUGAAAUAUUUUCGUUCACUGCUGUGUAUUCUGACAUAGGAAUAGGCCUAUAGUGAUGUAAAAUGUAUAUAAUGUAGCGGCUCAAAAUGGCAGAUAAUUUUUUUUACUCUCUGCUUCCAGUCAUUUUAAUUAAGUUUGUAUAUUAUAUAUUGUCUCAUCUGAUAUGUAUGUUUUUAAUGGACGCAAAAUAAAACGAAUCUAUUAAACUUGAAUUGAAAUCAUAUAUAGUUGACGAGUUUAUGAAUUAAUUGAAUCAUUAUGAUGUGUCUGCCAUGUCUGCCAUGGAAAGAAUUUAUGUGUAGAAGUUAAUAUAUACAGGCAAUCAAAUGAAGUGAUAUCAAGUAGCAUUGAAGGUCAGUGACGUUUCAGAUUGUUUUAUAAAAUAUUUUGAAAUGUAUAAGUUGUAGUAAAAUAUCUUAAUUUUGUGGAUUUGUUAACAAGUAUUGUAUAUGACUGACUAAAAUGUAAAAAAAAAAAAUUCUGACGGUAACUUCUGUGGAUUCCUUGAUUUUUAAUUAGAUGUUGCAUACUGUUGCCAUGUUAGUUACAUAGGAUGGCAAUGUUACCAUAAGUUUCUUUUAUGCGCAUGCAGGGCGCAGACCAUCCCUACUGACUGUGACCCAGUUUGAAAUGAAUCCAGGGCAAAGUCCGGGGCAAAGUGAGCAUGGUUAUGGUUAAAAAUGAGCGAAAGCAAUCCUCUAACCAAUCUGCAUAUGUGCAGUGAAAGUUUCACGCAACCCCAUCCAUGGAAAAGAGAGAUUGGUAAUUAUUUCAACUAAUGGUCAAACAUUCUUACUGGUUAUCUUAAAUUAUCGCAAUUUCUCUUUUCUCAAGCCAAUGCCUCAUACUCUGUUUGUUUCUUACGUUUAAGCGACUAUCAAAGUAAUAUCCUAUUCAACUCUGGAUUUUUGUAAUUUCUUCUUUGCUGUACUUUUAAAAUCUAAGUUGCAAAUAAGUGAUGAGGGAAACAGAAGAGAAGAGGACACUAAAGGAAUCCGCCCUCUAUGGUUGUAAACAGGAGAGGCGAAUCAAGUCGGGAUGUGCCCACUGACCUGUCCCUCGAGGUACUGUGUUCACUUGUGUGCAAUAUACUCAAGGUUGCACAAAUUCAUGAAUCUUUAUUUUUCGUUAAUGUCUCUUUAUAUGUCAUUACUGACUUUGAUGUUUUCUCUUUGAUACUUUCUAUUUGAAUGAAAAUUAAGAGCAGCUGAAAUAAUGAUCCUUCAAAAAUGAAUGGUGGGUCAUAAUAGAUUUUAUUAUCUUUAAUAAAGGAAUUCCCUAACUCUUGUGGAAUAUCAAACGAUCUGAUAAAAUUUGACGUCACGGUCUGUAACAUGAAUUUGAGUUCAUGAAGAUGAAAUAAAUCAACAAUAUGAAGAUAUUUUAUAUGUCACUGAAUAUCAAGAAGUGGUGGAAUAUUUCAAUAUUACCCUUUGUGCCCGCCUUUGUGCCAAGUGAGUACAGAGAAAAAACCUUGACACUUUAAAAAAUGACAGUUCUAAUAAGGAUCCUUGCAAUGAACACAGAAUUAUUAUAGUUUCCUAAAAGUGUAUUAUUCUCCUGAAUAAUGCGUUACAAUUUUCAUUGUGAACACUGGGCACCUGUAUUUGUUGCUGUGAUGUAAAUUUGACCCCUUCCCCCUACCCAUCCCUCCAUAUGAAAUCCAUUAGCCCGCCCUUUUUCGUUUAGAAGUUAAAAUGAAAAAGACAUAUCUUUAAUGGUCAACAUAUUUUUUAAUAAAUGAAUGAAUAAAUUAACAACAAAUAUGUAAAUAAAAUGCAUAAUAGCAUGUACUUUAUUGGAUUUAUUUGUGUAUGUCCAUUAUUCAUAUGCAACCAGUGGCAAUAUCAAUGUUGACUAGUUGUACUUCAUGAAUUCAAUGGCAGUUUGCCCAAUCAUUCUUGUUUUGCUUCUUUGUCUAAAUGCACAAUUAUAUAUGUAUAUAUUUGCUGAAUUGUCAGUCUUCAUACUGAAAUAAAAUAAACAUGCUAGAAAACAGAAAAACAUA